CCCUGUGUACUCUGAAGCCCUGGUUGAUAGAGACUCAGGGAGGCAGUUGGAUCUCAAAGUUCCAAAGGCCUGGGACCUAACGGUGGUGAUUCUAAUGAAACUCUCCCACCCUGCCAGAAGACCUGCUCCUCAUGAGAAUAACAGCAGAGAAGCCCAACUAUCUCACUUGGACAACUGGUCCUGCCAGUGCUCAGAUCUCCUUCGAUGUGUAUUAGGCAAAGGACAGAGCUUUCUCUUGUGCUGUAUUCUUGUUCCAUCCAGAGGAGACCUCUGAAGAAAGAGCUUGAAGAGGAGAUGGCAGAAGUAGCGACAGACUUGAGUGCAGAUGCGUUGGAGGAAACAGAGGACCUGCGACCUCCUGAAUCAGAUGGUACCUUCCAACAAGUCACCAACCUCCUGAACAUCAUGGACAAUGAGUCUGCAAAGUUGGACGUGGAUGGGGCAGGGCCAGACAUGCGGAAGACACUGGCCUCAGUGAUAAUCACAGAUAAAGCCACCUCGGAGCCUUCUACAGUGAUGAACGCUCUCCUCCACUGCCUGCAGGUGCCGGAGGUUGCUCUAACAGUACCGCAGACCCUGUGGAUUAAACAACAGGAACGUAUUUUCUCACAAUUCUGGAGCCAGAAUUCCACAGUGAAGAUUUCCACUCAGCGCAAGGUCACCAUUUACAACAUUCUCCAGGAAAUCAUCCAGCAGGUGGGGGAGCUGGAGGAGCAGUGCGUGCAGAGGCUGGUCACCGUCGCCUCCAAGGAGAUGAGGGAGCACUCGGAGGCGGAGGGCUACACGACGGCAGAGGUGGCCAGUGACACCCUGGUGGCUCUGUCCCGAAACCACUUCAACUUGGUCAUGUAUGAGCUGCAGCACCACCUCAAGCCCCUCAACCUCUGUGAUGAAUUUGUCAUUGUCACCUUGGCCAAGCUGGCCAAUGGCAACGUAUUUGAGUUCAUGCCAUACAUGGGCAUCACGCUGGCUACAGUGUUCACGAUGCUGAGACUUGUUGAGGAAGCCAAGAUGCGCCAGGUGAUCUGUGGUGCCAUAGAGGUCUUCUGUGAGACGGUGCAGUUUUAUCUGAGGCACCUGGAGGACAGCACAUACCCCGUGAUGACCGAGGAGCAGUUUGCUACGAAGCUGUUCCCCGUGUACCGCUUCAUGGUGACCGUGUGGCUAAGACAUCCCAGCCCCGAGGUGAAGGUGGCGGUCUUCAAGUCCCUGAAGCCCAUCCUGAGCCUCCUCCUGCCCGACGAUAAUCUGCGCGAGCAGGUGUAUGACUACAUCCCCCUGGUGCUGGCCCAGUACCAGAGCAGCCUGGAGCCGUGCUUCAUCUCACAGGUCUUGAGACAGAUUCUGGAAGCAUCAGUCACCACCAACACCCCCAUCCCCCAAAUGCAGCUCCAUCCCAUGUUCAUGGAACUGCACGCUCAGGUGUGUAGCAAAGGCCCAGCUCUGCACCAGUACAACAACCAGAACCUGGCGGAGACCGUGCAGUGUUUCAUGGCCCUGGCUCGCUCCUACCCCAAGGAGCUGAUGAAGUUCUUCUUGGGCCAGAUGGAGACAGGCAAGGAGGCCACCUGCGUGGCCACGCUGUCCCUGAUCAAGGCUUUGGUGAGCGCAGACGGGCCCAGAAUGAAUAUCAGGACCAUCGGCCUGGCCAUCCGGGUGGUCAAGAACUCCCUCUCUGAUACCCGGUCCAAGGUGAGAGCAGCUAUUCUCCGCAUCAUCGGCCAGUUGGCUCAGUCCGGCUACCAGGAGAAGAUCAAAGGCUGGGGCUUGAAGUACGUGUCUGUGCAGCUGACCCUGUCCACCUACAGACUGGAAAAUCGCCGGGAGAACUUUUAUCAGAAGGACUUGGAGGAGAAGAUGGUUCACAAAGUCACCAUGGACACCGUGAGGAUCAUAACUUCUUCUGUCAGUGGCAUGACCAAUGAGUUCUGGAUGAGACUGCUGAGCUACAUCAUGGAGACAGACUGCAUGGAGGCCUUGACCCCCAUCUGCAUCAGCCUCACGAACCUGGCGACGGGCCAGCUCCACAGCAGUGACCCGGAGACUGGUGUGGCUGGCAAGGGCAAGCGUGUGGACCUGCCUGCGCCUCAGAAGCUGCUGGCCCGUCUCCUGGUGCUGAUGUCAUCGCCCUACAAAGGGGAAGGUCGUGGGGUAGCCAUGCUCAACCUCCUGAGGACGCUGAGCCACAGCAUUGUGCCCUCCUUGGCCAGCACGUGGCAACAGGAGAUCCCUCUACUGGUCCAGUACCUGGAAGAGCACACUGAAUUCACUUGGAAUCAGAAGGCCUGGGAGGACAAGCUCAUUCAGUUCCUGAGAAACUCCCUCAAGAAGACCAGGGGGACCCACUGGAGCCUGCGCCUGAGCAAAGAACUAAACAACCUGAUCAAGAGCUUUGAUAGCCCCUCUCUGGAAAAGCACUUCCUGUACAGGGCCUUGGGCUUCACCUUGGCCAUGGGCCUGGAGGCCGACAAGGUGGAGUUGCUGCUGUUGGAGAUGCUAUACAAGACAGACUAUGGCAACGACUUCGACAGGGAGGGUAUGAUUCAGUGCUUUGGCCUGUGCGCCCACGGCCAGGUGAAGACAGUACUGAACGUGCUCCAGGACUUUGAGGAGAGGAUCCAGGAGUCAGAGCAGACCUGGCAGAUCAGUGCCUGGCAGAAGGAUCACCCCUGGAGGCGGGAGACUGUCAAGAGCACCCUCAUGGUGAUGUACAGCUGCGUGGCCUCUCACUGCCACCCCCAGAUGCUCCUCACCUACGUGGACAGCCCCAUCACGGCCAAGAUCCUUCACCACUACUCCAGCAGCUGUCAGGAUACGGGCCUCAAAAUGGCCUUCAUGGAGAGUGUCACGCAGGUCACCACUGCCCUCGGAAACAUCAAGGACCUGGAGGACUUUCAGUUUGACCCAAAGGAGACUCUUACUGGCCUCAUAACGGCAAUCAUCAGGGCAGAGCCGACCGACCAUCUGGCUUCUCCUGUGCAGGCAAUGGCCAUGGAUGCCCUCUCCCACCUGAGCAAACUGAGGCCUUUCUACUCCACAGAAGAAAGCAGUGAGCUGAUGGAGAUCAGUAUACAUUCUGUAAUUUCUCUCCAACCCCCAGGAGAGGACAAUGAGGCCAUUAAGACCCUGUAUGUGAACGCCCUGCACUCCCUGGAGCAGCUGAUGGAGGGCCUCCUACAGAGGCAGCUGGACCCCAAGGGGCUGCAAGAGAUGGUGCAUCUCCUGGAGAAGUGGAUCUUGUCGGAGAAAGAAUGGGAGCGGGAGAGAGCCAUGAACCUCCAUCUCCACCUCAUGGAGAUCUACGUCCGAAGUAUCGGUGUCUGUAUCCCCCUGAAGCUGGGCCAGUUGGGCACUCUGGUGGGGCUCAUUGCUCCGUGCACCUGUGACACCCACCGAAGAACUCGCAUGGCCUCGGCUAACGUCCUGUCCAGCCUGCUAGAUCUUCACGCAAGCCAGACCUGCUCCUUAUGGGGCUCCACCGAGGAGCAGGAGCUGCAGAAAUGUAAGGAGGACCUGCUGAGCAUGGAGGAGGAGAAGAUUUCCUGUGCCUCCUCCAGAAUCGCCAAGGUGAUCUGCAUGGAGUUUAACUGUGACGAGGUGGUCUCACUCAUCCAGAAGCUCUGUGAGAACAUCGGAGCCAUGGACCUGCAGCACGACAAGGCUGCCGUCGCCUGGAUAGGCACCUUCCUCCAAAUGCGGGUCCAGGAGCUGGACGACAAGGUGGCUGAAAUCUUGAGUGCCAUCCUGGUGCACCUACCCGUGGUGGAUCACCUAGAGGUGCGGCAUCUUCUCAUUGAAGGCAUCCUCCUGCUGGCACAUUACCACCAGGAGACAGUUCUCACAUUGCUCUUGAGACAGCCCCUGCCCAUGCAGAGCCAUCUGAAGGAGGUGUGGCUCGCAGUGGUGGAGAACGUGCCCUUGGCGCGGAGCAUGAUGCAUGGCCUGAUGGGGCGGCUGCAGUCACGAAUGACUCCCAGGGUGCAGGCCACCUCCAAGGCUGACAUCUGGCGCCUGGCUGCAGUGGACCCUCUGAUGACCAUGUGCACCAUGUACCUUCUCAUCGAGAAGGUGGACAAAGACACCAAGCUGCUGGACCUGUUCCCUGACCUCGUCUACACCCUCCUGAUGCAGCUCAGCUGCAGCCACAGGCCUGAGGCCACCUCGCCUGUCCUGAAGACCUGGAGACUGAUCCACACAGGGACCCUGCCUGAGGAGCUGAACCUGCAGAGGGUCACGAUCAAAUCCAUGCGGCUUCUGUUUGAGAGACUCAACAGCGAGGGCCUGGUGUGCGCCCUGGAGGAGCAGUCGGUGUGGGCCCAGCUGGAGAGCAGCGCCACCUUCCUGGAGGGAAUCAGCCUGCUGGCCAGGCUGUGCAUGCAGAGCGAGGGAGGCUGCAGGCAGCGGCUGUUGAAGCUGGUGCUCAGGGGCCUGGGCUCGGAAGUGCUGAGCUGCCGGAUCAGCUGCACGGCAGCCUGCGUGGAAUUCAUGAGCAGCCCCGUUCUGCACCGGGAGAAGCUGCUGAGGCCUGCAGUGCUGCUGCUGGAGAAGGGAGCCGGGCAGCAGGAGGACGAGGCCCUGCAGGUGCUGUCCCUGCGCGCCCUGGGCAACAUGGCCAUCGGCGCCCCCCGGAAGGUGAGGCAGUACCGGAAGCUCCUGCUGGAGCAGUGCCUGGGCUCCCUGCAGGGGAACGUGAGCGGCAGGGUGACGGCAGAGGGCAUGGAGGCCCUGACCAAAGUCCUGGCCCAGCUCCGAGAGGGGGACAUGGGCUCUGCUUUCAAAGCCAUCUCUGAGCAGUGCAGGCUCCUCUUUGAUAACGAGAGCGAGCUGCUCCGGGAAAAGGCUUUCAUCCUCUUUGGGAAGCUGGCCAAGGUGGUUGGGAUUUCCAGGAAGCACUUCUUCAAGGAGGAAGUGAAGAGAGCCUGGGUGCCGCUCUUGCUGCACUGCCGGGACCCCUGCCCCAGCACAGCCCAGGCCUGUGUGGCUACCAUGCUUCAGUGUGUGCACUUCUGGGGCUGGAAGUCCCUGGAGAGCCCCUUGGGGCACAGCGACAGCGGCACUGAGGAUGACAAGAUGACCACUUUCCAGACAACCAUGUGCGCCAUCCUGACUCAGAAAAAGCCUGCUGUUCUCUACAACUUCCUGCUGGAAACCAUGAGCUAUGUUAAACAUCACUUGUCGAGGACCAGAGUCGUUGCCUGUAACUUGGCAGGAAUUAUUAUGAAGCAGCUCUCUGCUCAUUAUGUGAAGAAGCUGGACCUGCAGGCGCUACGGAACUCUCUCCAGGAGCUGCAGCUGGACUCAGACCCUGGCGUCAGGAGGGCAGCCCUGGAGACUCUCAAAGUCCUGGACAGCUGCAGUCAGGCCUGGCUUCCAGCUCUGUCCGACGGAGCGUCCUAGUCGGUUCAAGCGUGCGAUGUGUUGUCUCCCGAGCGCGGACCCCUUCCACAGCAAUGCAAACCAUUUUUAACUUAGUUUUGAAGAAAGACUUUGCAGAACUAUCACCCUCCUGCUGAAAUAAACCUGCAUUGCCGCUGGA